AUGUCAACGAAGCAACUGCCAACGAGACGAGCGAAAACAAUAAAAAAAAUUAUAAUAGACACUGACAGUUCUGAAGGUUUUUCUGAAGGCAGCGAUUAUGCUCCCAACCAACCGACAAAAGUAGACAGUGACAUUUCUGAAGGCAGCGAUUAUGCUCCGGUAUUAAAAGAAAAAAAACCGUCGAAGAAGCAGCAGAAAAAAAAUAAAAUUAUAAUAGACAGUGAUAAUUCUGAAGGCAGCGAUUAUGCUCAGAAGGAGCAGUCGAAACAGCAGAAAAAAGUUACAAAACCAAAUCAAACAGAUAAAGAAGAUUCUGAAGGCAGCGAUUAUGCUCCGAAGAAGAAGAAACAGCAGUCGAAACAGCAGAAAAAGAUUACAAAAACAAAUCAAACAAAUAAAGAAAAUUCCGACAGCGAUAUUUCAGAUAUUGCGGAAGCUUCUACAAGUAAAACAAACCCUUUACACAGCGGAAAAACUGUAGAAGAAAUAUAUCAAAAGAAGACACAAAUUGAGCAUAUUUUAUUACGACCAGACACUUACAUUGGGUCUGUUGAAUUUGUAACUGAAAAACUUUGGGUUUACAACUCGGAGACGGAUUCUAUGAUAUAUAAAGAUGUAACUAUAGUCCCCGGACUUUACAAGAUCGUUGAUGAAAUAUUGGUUAACGCUGCUGAUAAUAAGAUUCGAGAUCCUUCAAUGAGCACUAUAAAGGUCAAGAUUGACAAAGAAGAGAAUCUCAUAUCAAUAUACAAUAAUGGUAAAGGAAUUCCUAUCGAAAUACAUAAGGAUGAAAAAGUCUACGUUCCUGAAUUGAUCUUCGGCCACCUUUUGACAUCAUCGAAUUAUGAUGAUAAUGAAAAAAAGGUUACGGGUGGUCGUAAUGGAUAUGGUGCAAAAUUAACAAAUAUUUUCAGUACUGAAUUUAUUGUAGAGACGACCGAUACGACUGCUAAAAAAAAGUACCGACAAGUAUUCAAGGAUAAUAUGAGUGUUAAACAAAAUCCAAAACUAACUUCAUACUCAAAAAAAGAAGAAUAUACGGAAAUAACUUUUAAACCAGAUCUUGCAAAGUUCGGUUUGACAGAAUUAACGGACGACAUUGUCGCAUUGCUAAAAAAACGUGUAUUCGAUAUGGCUGGAUGUGUUAAGAAUGUUAAAGUCUUUUUGAAUGAUGAAAAAAUUAAAAUUCGAAAUUUCAAGGAAUAUAUUCAAAAAUAUUUACCACCUCCAAAUCCAUCUGAAGAUUCAACUACGAAACAACCAGAUGUUAUACAUGAACAAGUUAAUGAACGAUGGGAAGUUGGUUUCACUCCAAGUCAAGAAGGUCAAUUUCAGCAAGUGAGCUUUGUAAAUAGUAUCGCUACCACGAAAGGUGGUACACAUGUUAACCAUGUUGUUGAUCAGCUGGUUACAAGAAUCAUGGAAACUGUAAAGAAAAAGCAAAAAGAUGCUAAAUUGAAACCAUUCCAGAUUAAAAAUCAUAUCUCCUUAUAUAUUAAUUGUUUAAUUGAAAAUCCGAGCUUCACCUCUCAGACUAAAGAAUUUAUGAGUUUAAAGGAAAAAUCAUUUGGUUCAUCUUGCACUCUUAGUGAAAAUUUUAUAAACAAAAUUUUAAAGUCUGUAAUUAUCACGGAUAUUAUUGAAGAAGUCAAACAGAAACAGGAUAGAGAAUUAAAGAAAACAGAUGGUGCAAAAAAGUCCAAUGUUCUCUCUAUCGAAAAAUUAGAAGAUGCUGGUAACGCUGGAGGCAAAUAUGCGCAAAACUGUACUCUAAUCCUUACAGAAGGUGAUUCAGCUAAAUCUCUUGCUGUGGCCGGAAUUUCUGUUGUUGGUCGUAAAAACUUUGGUGUAUUUCCACUUCGUGGAAAGUUAUUAAACGUUCGUGAUGCAUCACAUUCAUCAAUAAUGAGUAAUGAAGAGAUUCAAAAUAUCAAGAAAAUUCUUGGAUUACAACACAAUAAACAGUAUACAUCCACAAAAGAUUUACGAUAUGGUCAUCUCAUGAUUAUGACUGACCAGGAUUAUGAUGGAAGUCAUAUUAAAGGGCUCAUUAUUAAUCUUUUGGAUCACUUUUAUCCUUCCUUGUUGAAAAUUCCUGAUUUUUUACGCGAAUUUAUUACACCUAUUGUCAAGUGUACCAAUAAUCGAACCAAAGAGGUAAUUUCAUUCUAUACGAUACCUGAAUAUGAACAAUGGAAAUCAUUAAAUCAUGACGGAAAAGGCUGGACCAUAAAGUAUUAUAAGGGAUUGGGAACUAGUGAAGCUAGAGAUGCGAAAGAAUAUUUUAGUGAUUUACCAACUCAUAUGAAACCUUUUCGUGAACUUCAACAAGACGAACGUUCACUAAUAGAUAUGGCAUUUAAUAAAAAAAAGGCAGACGCUCGUAAAGAAUGGUUGCGGACUUAUCAACCUGGAACUUUUAUGGAUCACAGUGUUGACGAAAUUACAAUAACUGAUUUCAUUAAUAAAGAAUUGAUAUUGUUUAGUAUGGCAGAUAACGCGCGUUCAAUACCUUCAGUAAUUGAUGGAUUCAAACCUGGUCAACGUAAAGUUAUGUAUGGUUGUUUUAAGAGGAAUCUUAACAAAGAAGUCAAGGUCGCACAAUUGGCGGGAUACAUCUCCGAACAUUCGGCUUAUCAUCAUGGCGAACAAAGUCUUACAUCUACUAUAAUUGGUCUGGCUUAUGACUUUGUUGGAUCUAAUAACAUAAAUUUAUUGCAACCACGAGGUACAUUCGGUACAAGGGCGCAAGGUGGAAAAGAUGCCGCAAGCGCUCGUUACAUUAAUACAGCACUCCAACCAAUCACACGAUUAAUUUUUCAUAAAUCAGAUGAUAAUUUAUUGAAAUAUCUCAAUGAUGAUGGUCAAUGGAUCGAACCAGAAUGGUAUUGUCCAAUCAUACCAAUGGUCCUUGUGAAUGGAUCAGAAGGUAUCGGAACAGGAUGGAGUUCUUAUAUCCCAAAUUAUAAUCCUAUGGAUUUAGUCAAAAAUAUACUUCGUUUAAUGGAAGGUAAAGAACAAGAACCAAUGCAUCCUUGGUAUCGUGGUUUUAAAGGUGAAAUUAAGCCAUUGGAAAAAGAUAAAUACACAAAUAACGGUGUGAUUGAAAGAGUCUCUCCUACAGAAAUAAAGAUUACAGAAUUGCCUGUACGAACUUGGACGCAAAAUUAUAAAAAAGAUUUAAUCGAUAAGUUUAUGGGAUUUAUAAGUAAAUUUGAUGAAGAACAUAAAUCUCAUACUGUAGAAUUUCAUAUUUCAUUGAAGGAUGAACUUGCUGACCUUAGUGAUGAGGAACUUGCAAAAAAAUUUAAGAUCAUUUCUACUAUUCCUAUAUCAAACAUGGUUUGUUUUGAUCCAGAAGGACGUUUGAAAAAGUACCAAACUCCUGAAGAUAUACUUCAAGAAUUUUAUCAUGUUAGAUUAGAUUUGUAUUCUAAAAGGAAAGAUUAUUUGAUAGACGAAUUAAGACACGAGUGCCUUAAGCUAGCAAACAAAGUUCGUUUCAUCAAUAUGAAAAUAAAGCAUGAACUUGAAUUUGAAGGAUUGAGGAAAAAGUCCAUAAUAGAAUUACUAGAGGCUAAUGGCUUUGACAAGGUUCAUAAAAGAUCUAUUAUAAGACGUGGUUUAGAAGAAACGAAUGAAGCUGAUGAAGAAGAUUCAAAUGAUAGUGGUUAUAAUUACCUUAUGUCAACACCUGCUUGGGCUUUCAGUAAAGAAGAGUCAGAAAGAAUCAAUUCUUUGAAGAACGAAAAAGAAAUAGAAUUAAGAAUUCUUGAAGCAAAACCUCCUAAAGAGUUUUGGAAGGACGAUUUAAAGGCAUUUGAAGAGCAAUGGAACAAAGAUUUGGCCGAAUUUGAAGAAAACAUGAACACUGGCGGUGUAGUAAAAAAGAACAAAAAAAGAGUAACGAAACCAAAAACUACCGAGGUUAAACAAAAGGCUAAAUCGAAAUCUGCACAAGAAAAAAGUGAACAAGAACCUAAAUCAAUUAAGGAUUAUUUUAAUUCGAAGGCAGAUGAUGUUUUUGAGGUAGACGAUCAGAGUGAUGUUGAGAUGGUUGACUUGCCUAAGCCAAAACGAAAGAAAGCAUUUGAUCUAAAUGAAGGCCCACGAUCUAAAUUGACUAAAGUCUGA